CCACGGUUUUCUUCUAAAAUUUCUAUAUCGGUGUUUGUGUCCGUCUACGAUGCAGAAACCCAUCGUAAAGUCAAAAUCCAUAAAGAAUUAGUGUUGUUUCAGUUUCCUUCUGUAUGCCGGCGACCUGUGACUUUUGCCCUUGCUGUUGAGGCACGAGAACGCUAGAGUGUCUCUGCGUGAGUGGUAUCCAUCGGGAUGUACACUCUAUGGUACUUUAGGGCCUUUGCAUGGAACCGAGUAUUAGGUACCGCUGGACUACUACACUUGUCACUAAGAACCGGGGUGCUUGUCGUGUUUCUUGUUAUCUUCUUGACUAAUUCGUAAACUCCCCCAAAGUUACCAUGACGGAUGUUUUUCCAGAAGGUGAAGCUAAUACAUAACCCUUUGCAUUCCAUAAUGGCAGCCAGGUGACAGGAGGAGCUGAGAAUGACCCUUACCGAAAAUCUACGUGAGAAGAUAUCAAGCGUGUUCUAUAAGCACGGACUGCUGUGUGCAACUUACCCCAUUCCCAUUAUCCUUUUUACCUUUUUCUGCAUCCUGGCAUGCUGUUUUCCACUUCUGAAACUGCCACUGCCUGGUACAGGACCAGAAGAGUAUUCAACUACUCUCCGAGAUUAUUCAUUACCUUCAUCAGAGCCAAGUCCACAGCAUGCAGACCAGAAUGAAAGGCCUGAAUGGUAUGUCGGGCAGCCUGUGGCUUACAUCCAGCAAGUAUUUGUAAAAUCCAUUGUUUUUCCAUGGGACAAAACUCUGUUUGCUGUGGACGCUUUUCGGUCACCGCUGUCUCGUGUGUUCCAAUUGGUGGAGGAGGUCCGUAAUCAUGUUGUUAAGGAAAGUUCUGGUGCCAAGAACUUGGAAGACAUCUGCCUGCAGGUAACUGAUCUGCUUCCUGGGUUAAAGAAGUUGCGUGGUUUGCUUCCUGAACAUGGUUGCCUGCUUCUUUCUCCAGGUAACUUUUGGCAAAAUGACCCAGAACGGUUUAAUUCAGACCCAGAUAUCAUCAAGACGAUACACCAGUAUGAACCGAAGACCCUUCAGACUUCAGCUACUGUUAAAGACCUCCUGUUCGGCAUCCCAGGCAAGUACAGUGGAGUCAGUUUAAACAACAGAAAGCACUUGGUAUCAUAUACCAUAACACUCGUAUUGCAACGUUAUGAUUCCAGGUUCUUGAACAGCCUUCACUCCCGAUUGAAGAAACUUCACCCCAGCAAAAACUGCACAUUAAAGGAGGAGCAGAUAGUCCAUGUACAUUUCAAGGAGGAGAUUGGUGUUGCAGAGUUGAUCCCAUUGCUCACCACAUACUUCAUCCUGUUUGCAUACAUCUAUUUUUCUACAAGGAAGAUUGAUAUGGUAAAGUCAAAAUGGGGCCUUGCUGUUGCAGCGGUAGUAACAGUUCUGAGUUCACUCCUGAUGUCAGUAGGCUUGUGCACAUUGUUUGGAUUAACACCCACACUUAAUGGCGGAGAAAUUUUCCCUUAUUUAGUGGUGGUGAUUGGCCUGGAGAAUGUGCUGGUUCUCACUAAGUCAGUGGUAUCCACACCUGUUGACCUAGAAGUCAAGCUGAGGAUAGCACAAGGUCUGAGUAAUGAAAGCUGGUCUAUUAUGAAAAAUAUGGCUACAGAACUUGGGAUUAUUCUUAUUGGUUACUUCACGUUGGUACCUGCUAUUCAGGAGUUCUGCCUUUUUGCUGUUGUUGGCCUGGUAUCUGACUUCUUCCUGCAGAUGUUUUUCUUCACAACUGUACUUUCUAUUGAUAUCCGGCGCAUGGAGCUUGCUGACCUGAACAAGCGCCUCCCUGCUGAAGCUUGCCUGAAUCGUACAAAGCCCAACAACAGACCACAGAGGUAUGAACGCCAGCCUGCUGUACAACCUACCAACCCAUAUACCAUUACCCUUCAGCAUCCCAGCUCUUCUUUUCGAACCCUUCGCCUCCCCAAAAGACUGAGAGUCAUCUACUUUCUUGCCCGAACACGCCUUGCACAGAGGAUCAUUAUGGUUGGGACAGUGAUUUGGAUUGGAAUCUUAGUUUAUACAGAUCCUGCAGGCGUUCGAACCUACCUGACAGCCCAAGUCACAGAGCAGAGUCCACUGGGUGAGGCAGGCUUACCGUUGAUGCCAGUGCCUGGAGUUUUCCCAGAAGGAGGUACUGAAAGAACUUUUUCUGUCUUUGGAUCUGAGGCAGCACCAUCUUUGGAAAACCAGUCCCAAGAGAGAGAUCCACAAAAUGUGUUGGACCAAUUGAAGAGACUGAAGUUAGAGUCUCAGUACCAGCCAAAGGAAGAUAAGCAGAGAGAGCACAUAGAUACUAUCCUUCAAGAACAGAGUUCCAAAACAGGGGCAAGCAUGUGGCAAGCAGAGGAUGAUGAAAUCUGGAGGAAACUGUCUUUCCGACACUGGCCAUCCUUGUUUAGCUACUACAACAUUACCUUGGCUAAAAAGUACAUCAGUAUUCUCCCUGCAAUUCCUGUUACAUUUCACCUGAGUGCACUGGAAGCACUGGAGGCUCGACAUCCACAGGAGACAAAGCGUUAUGAAAACCUCUCACCCCGUUACUCUGAGAAAAUAGAAGGAUCUGACUGGAACGAGGCUCUGGGACCAGAUAAACAAGAUAGAUCAGCAGUACCAAAGAACCAAAAACAUGUAGACAUCACUCUUUACAAGGUAGCAGCUCUUGGACUUGCCUCUGGAAUAUUCCUGGUGCUCCUCCUGUUCUGCUUGUAUCGUAUUUUCUGUCCAAAGAACUAUGGGCAGAAUGGAUUGACCCACAGCAAACGACGACGGCGGGUAGACUUACCAUGUGAUGAUUAUGGAUAUUCUCCUCCAGUCACCGAGAUUGUCCCCCUCAUUCUUAGAGGUCAUCUGAUGGAUAUUGAAUGUUUGGCUAGUGAUGGAAUGCUGUUGGUUAGCUGCUGCUUGGCAGGUCAGAUUCGAGUGUGGGACGCACAGACUGGUGAUUGUCUAACUGUUCUACCAAAGCAGAGGUUACAGAGGAAAAGCAGUAGCGUCUACGAGCAUCAAGAAAUUUGGGAACAGAUAUCAGAUCCUGAUAACAGCUUUGAUGAGUCAUUUCAAAAUGGAUGUGGGCUUCAGGGAAAAUUUAUUCCAACUCAGACACUUCUUUCUUUGGACCAGCCAGAUCUUACUAACCUAAUAGAUACAAAUUUCACUCAAACUGUCAAAUCUAACAGCACUGUACCUAGGCAGAGGACAGCAGCAUGUUGUUUGAAAGAGACUGGGUAUGAUUUUAGUAGCCUUUUCAAAAAUACUUACAAUAAACACAACAUGUCUAAUUCAGUGGGUUUUCCAAAUGUCUCCCCACCUCAUAGUUCUUCACUGAUGUCCUUCAUGGGCAAUAGUGCCAGCUCACCUGACUUUGAAUGGGAAGGAAGUUGUAACCAUCACAGGUCAAGCUUGGAGGAUGACCCAUUUCCUGCUGCUGAUAAGUACACCCCUGUGUCCACCUGGUGUGGGGAUAGUGACAGCUCAGUAUGGAGUCUUGCACUUCAGUGUAAUCUAAUUGUUGUCGGGAGAAGCAGUGGAGUGCUUGAGGUUUGGGAUGCCGGAGAAGGAACAUUAUGCUGCAAACACGAUGGCAAUUCUGGAAUAACAGCACUUGUAUUUACAAAUAACAGAAUUGUUGCUGCAAGAUUAAAUGGAUCCUUAGAUUUCUUCUCCCUGGACAAAGACAAGCCUACACAGCCACAGAACAGAGGAACACCUAUUAGAAACUGCACCCCACCCUCUCCAGUUUACAGCUGUGAUGAUGUCAUCUUGUGUCACAUGACUCAUACUGUGCCUUGUGCUCACCAGAAACCGAUCACUGCACUGAAAGCAGCAGCAGGGCGAGUGGUAACAGGAAGUCAGGACCACACUCUAAGAGUCUAUCGAUUGGAAGAUUCAUGCUGUUUAUUCACACUUCAGGGUCAUUCAGGAGGCAUCACUGCAGUUUAUAUAGACCAGACCAUGGCACUUGCAAGUGGAGGACAGGAUGGUGCUAUUUGCAUUUGGGAUGUACUGACAGGAAGUCGUGUUAGCCAUCUGUAUGGGCAUCGAGGAGAUGUGACUUACCUUACCUGUACCAGUUCCUGCAUAAUCAGCAGUGGAUUAGAUGAUAUCAUCAAUAUCUGGGACCGAAGCACUGGCAUCAAAUUAUAUUCCAUUCAGCAGGACAUGGGUUGCGGAGCAAGUCUUGGUGUAAUAUCUGACAAUGUGUUGGUGACCGGAGGCCAAGGCUGUGUGUCAUUUUGGGAUAUCAGCUAUGGAGAUCUUUUGCAAACUGUCUACCUGGACCAAACAAAUGAAUCACAGCCUGUGAGGCAGAUCAUUGUCUUAGAAAAUGCAGCCAUUGUGUGUGAUUUUGGCAGUGAACUGAGUCUGAUCUAUGUGCCUUCUGUGCUGGAAAAGUUGGAUUGAAGGAUACUCUUCACAUCUAGCCACGAGACAGGAUAGAACAACUUAUUGCAAAGAUGAGGAUUCUGGGAAUUUUGGGAUGAAGCUCCUGAGGGGUACUCCAUACCUGGAGUUAGUGAUUGUUAACCACAGAAUGUUAGUAGUCAAACGGCUAACAAUUCAGAAUUGUUCAGAAAUGGAUGUGAGAGAAGAAUUCAUAUAAGCCUUUUGCAUUGGGACAGAUUGGUGCACAGCAGCUUUGAAAACUUGCACUAUUGUUUUAAAAAACUACAAGAUCUAAUAAAUCCAUUCCUCUGUGCCUACCCCAAACCAUCUUUGAAAGUGUGAUUUACAACUAUAGGAUGCAGAAAUAAGUUCUCAUUCAUUGAAACCAGUCUGACUCUAGUGUGUGCUGUGUAUUUCUGAUACCAGCCUGAAGUAGGGCAAGCAGAAGGAAUUGCACCAUUGAUGUUUUUGGCAGCUUACAGUCAAAAUGAACACAUUCUACUUGAACUUUGCAUCUGCCUAUGUACUUCUGCUGCUGAUAGUUUAUUAAAUGUUUUUUUAAUCAUUUUCCAAGAAUGGUUCUUUGACAGUUAAGUAAUCAUGCUUAGCACAGUAGGUUGAAGAGGAGGAGAUUCACUUUGGACAACAGUGGAAUAUGCCUGCCCUGCCUGCAGCUAACCUCUAUGACAUUCCCACUUUCAUGAAAAUGUACAUUGUUUGGGGGGGGUUACUUGAGUAAUAACUGUUUUAAUUGUGGAGAAACUGUUUCAUGCCUGCUUGUGCAGUAUGCUGUUAGGACAUGUGGUUACACUUUGAGGGUGCACUUGUACCUCAUUCAGAUACCUCCAGUUUUAGAUGGUCUGUUUUUUCUUUGUUCAGAAGUAGGAAACAAAAUCCCUCACCUGAUGCAUAAAAAGCAUGAACAAUCUUGUCUUUCUACACAGUUGUCCAGAAUCUUAUAAGCAUUAUUUUGUAUGUUGAAUGCAGGAGAGAUGAUGGAUGAUUGUAGGGGUAGAAAAAGAGAAGACUGUGUCCCCCUUAUACUUAUUUGACUGAUGUACUUCUGACAUUUGUUACCGAAGUCACUUUUGCAAGUAAGUAAUUACUGCACUGUUUGCUUUGAUGAGUAUUUGUAAUAAUCACCCUUCUCCAAUUCAGAAGCAUUCACAUAAAAAAAAAAUGGUGGGUGACUUGUAACCCAGGAGCAGUGUGCUCAGGGAGUAACUUCUGGAAUGAGCUUACUUUGUCUUUUUUGGUUGUUUUUCUGUCUACAUAGCUUAAGCAUAUUUAUUAAAUCAGGGCUUGAGGGAGAAUUGUCCACACAAUUUGUCAGGUGGAAAUACCCAGGCAACGCUGUGCCUUUAAUAAUCUUAAGUGCUGCAUUCCUCAUGAAGUUUUAAUGUUUUUCUUCUAUGUUUUGCAUCUGUUAAAAGGGUUUGAGUGGUAGUCAUGUGGACUAGUUUUCCAUGAUUUUUCCUUUUAUAGAUCAAGGAUUGUGACAUAUAUUGCACAGUUUUGAAGACUUGUUGAUAUAUCUUGGUAGCUUACUUAGGGAAUGUGAACAGGAGAUGGAUUUACUCAUCUCCUAGAAGUUAGUUUUUGAGUGGAUGUGUCUGUAUGUGAUUUUAAGGUUUUAUACAUUUAAUCCUGUUUGCAUAUAUAUCCGUACCUUGCCUUUGUGCAUACAUUCCAGCCUGCUGACACUGGAUUAAUUCUGUGUGGCUAAUGGAAGAGAUACAGCACGUUUUUGACUCAGGGCUUUUAUUAACACUGUUAUACCUUUGGUUAGUUUAGCAUUCAGUAGUAGUAUAGCUUGGCAGUACAGGCACUUGGCAGGAGAGCACAGGCUUUGAGCUACUAACAAGCUUUAUUCAUAGAUCUUUAUCUGAUUACCUCAGUCUGUAGUUGCAUACCUGGUGACACUGAACAAGUCACUUAACCAAACCAAAGCUCCGAGGUCAUAUCUGAAAAAAGAAAAACUUUUGCCUACUCAGUCUUACUUGAUAAAUAAAAGAUUUUAGCCAUGACGGCAGUUAAAGAUGAA